AUGAGGAACAAGUCGAGCGAGAUCGAGACCGAGAUGCAGGAUUCACGAUUGUGCUUCACAGUGCACACAGCACGGCGUUGCGCGAUGAUCCGAUCCGCCAGGUACGGGGACAGGUACAGGGAUGUAGAUGCUCAACGCCUUGGCCUUGACGAGGAAACAACGACCAAGGCUUUGCAAGCUUGCAAGCUUUCAAAAGCGGCCUCCCAUCACGCCAGAGGGACAAAUGGCGAAACGGAGCAUGACAACCGAGCCGAGCAAGGGUCUGAGUUGUUUUGGCAACUUUUGGCGCAUGCACAAGUAGAGGGCGUCGGGUCCCACAGCACCACUGUCGUCAGUCGGUUCAAACCGCACGAUGAUGGAGCGGCGACUAGGCCACCAACGCCUCGCUCGUUCGCCCUCCUUGGCUUGUCGGUCAGCUGCUCGUCUGCCAAUUCGAUUUUGAUUGUUCAAUUAACUUAG